ACGAAGAAGGGAGGCUGCGUGGUUCUAAUCGGGCGUCGCGUGGACCAAUUUGCAGUUACCACUGGUACGUCACAAUGGCAAAUUUUGUAUGUCAAGAUAUAGGACCAUGGUAUUUUCAAAAAAUGUAUGCAAGAUAUUGGAAACAUUACAGUGAAGCUAUGGAGUGGAUGUAUAGGCAUAAAAAUGCUUAUAGGAAAGCCAUGGAAUCCCUAUAUAAUCCAUCACUUCAUCCUUCCAAGCAACAUCAACGUUAUUCUGACUGGGAUGAAAAUGUUCCAGGGAGAACUGGUCCAUCUUCUUUCUCCACCUCAGACAGCGUAUCCUCGGUACCACGGUAUCAUCCAAGGCCUCAGGAUGACCUGCAUUAUGUCAGAAAAAGGAGAGCAGAAGAGAAAGAUUGUGAAACAGAUUCAGAAUCUGAAGGUGAAGAGGACAUAGAAUGUGACCUCGACAACAUGGAAAUCACAGAAGAGCUCCGUCAUUAUUUUGAGCAGACUGAGAGACACCAGGAAGAACUACGGAAACAGAAACAGCUGGAGGCAGAACACCAAGAGAUGUAUGUGGAAGCUGACCACAACCUUCACUUGUGCACAAGCCGGUCAUCACAGCCCCCAGCUGAGAAGCCCGGUGAGAGAAGAAUGGCUGAAAUGAGAAAGCUCUAUGGCAAAGGUGCCAACAAAAUACAAGCAAUGGAGACCACCAUGCAACUCAACUUUGAUAGGAAUUGUGACACAAAACAGCCCAAGUACUGGCCAAUUAUUUCUCUGAAACUCUGAGUUAUGUGCCUCUUUCCUUUUUUGGAGAUUCAGAGUUGUAUAUCCUGAUGUUCAACCAAGUAGAAGGAUUAAGGGAAUGAAUCAAGAGUCAGCAAAAGACCUUUUUAAUUUUCCUUUCCCCUUUCCAGCACAACUUUGAAUUUGUCUGCCAAUUUCCAGAGUCUAUUCCAACUCAACAGGAAAAGCUGAAUCAGUCAUUUGUACAGGGGAUAAGGAAAACUCUCUUUUAAAGGGUAUUUCAACUAAUUUAAUCUUGGCAUGUGUUAGCCUUGUAGGAAAUGAUGUAACAUUUGUUUUUGUUCACUUGAGUUAGGGAAAAGGCUAAAAACUAUCAAAAUUCAAACAUUUUUUAAAAUUGUUUUUAGUGCUAUGCAGGUUUUGAUGUAGAACUUUAAAUGCAGCUAUUUUUUGCAACCAUUUAUUUUCUAGGAGGCACCUAUAUUAAUUAGACAAAAUAUCUUAAAUUACUGUAAUUUGGUUUUUGAGAUUGGGUUGAACUGCAUGUAGAGAAAGUUUCUCCAAAAUGAAAAGUUCGGCUUUAGGAUUUUAAGUCAGAAGCAAGCAUUGUUUACUUUCACAGAACUAACAGAACAAAAAAAAAACCAAUCAGAUUAAAAUAAACAUUUUUAUUUAUUUUGAAGUUGUAUUUAACCAAUCAGGAAGAAAAAUAAAUUAGGCAUGGGGUGGAGAAGGAAAGGGGUCAUAUGUGUGUGCAUGUGAUUCUUGUCAUAGAUAUAGUGGAACAAAGUUUUAAUUCUAAUCAAGCCACAUUCAUUUCCCCUCCAUGGCUACUGACUUUUCUCUCUUGUCUUACUUAGCUGUAGAAACUCAAAAUCCAUUUUUAGAAAGGUGGUUCAAAACUAACAUUCCUGUUAACUGAGAAAGAGGCAGUUAUACAUAUGCAUAAAUAAAUAUGCUGGCUGAUAUUUCUGCCUUGUGAAUAUACAUGUUAGGCAUUCUAUGCAGUGGUGGGAUUCAAAAUUUACUACCACCUGUUAUGUGGGUGUGGCUCUGUGGGUGUGGCUUGGUGCUCAUGUGACUGGGUGGGCAUGGCGAAUUCACCGUCACGGUAAGGUGGGGCGGCACCUUGCUGUGAGUGACAUCGAGUUGGCCAUGCCCAGUCAUAUGACCGAUGCUGCAGAAACAGGGCAAUUGCCUACGUAUGUACCUUUCCUCCCCUCUCUGCCCUUGGGCUGACAAAAUAAGGAGAAGGAGGAGACUUGACCAGACUUUUCUGCCUCCUGCUGCCCCCUGCUUCGUGCAUGCACAAAUGGGACAAAUAGUGACCAUCAGCUGUUUUUUUUACCUUUCUCUGGCUGCACCGAACACGCAAUUCAAGCGCACACAGAUAACAGCAACACCAACCAUCAGCUGUUUCUUGCAUCGCCGGGCUUGCCAAACGUGCAAUUCGUGUGCGCGCAGAUAACAGCAACACUGACCACUAGCUGUUUCUUGCAUUGAUAGGCACGGGAAAUGCGCGAUUCGCACGUGUGCAGAUAACAGCAACACCAACCAUCAGCUGUUUCUUGUAUUGCUGGGCAUGCCAAACAUGAUUCGCAUGCAUGCAGAUAACAGCAACAUCGACCAUUAGCUGUUUCUUCGCUCAACUGAGGUGCGGCAAUCUGCUCUGACGCACGAAUCAGCUGAGCUAAGAAACAACAAAACAGGAGAGGUAAGAGCGGAGGCAGGUGGGUGGGGCCAAUCAAAAAUUUUCCCUACCGGUUCUCCGAACCCAUCAAAAUUUUCCCUACCCGGACACAAGAACCUGUCCAAACCGGCUGAAUACCACCCCUGGUUCUAUGGUUUUUAAACAUUUCCUUUGGAUAAUCCUUUCCCUGAAACAGUACCUCCAUAGACAUACUAUGCUAGAUGUGAUUAAUUGAAAUAAGAUAUUUGCAUCCUUGCCAUUCAAAUGCUCCCAAUUGGUACAUCUCCAUUCAAAGAUCUUCCUUAAAAUAUAUUUAGCAGCUAUAUUAAUAAAAAGCUUAUAUUUUAUCCAUUUCUACAUUCAGAACAGAACUUCUAUACAUAGUGCAUUUUGAGAACAUGCGCCAUGAUCUCUUUUCCAAGUUUAAGUUUUGUUUUGUGGAAAAAAAAAAAGUUUUAUUCAAGAUUUACUUGCAUAGAUGGCCUUUGCUGCUCAUGUAUAUUUUUCUCUGUAAGUUUUUCUAUCCCUCUUCC